CCUUAUACUUUUCAGCGUUUUCCGACGGUUCUUCCGCCGUUGCUCCGCCGUCAACCUCCCUCUGAAAUAAUCCCAAUUAUUUAAUUUUCAACUUCUUUUUUGCAAAAUUUAACCUUUUUUUUUUACUUUACAGAUUUGGCCUAGUGGGUCUAUAAGACUUUGGUCAAGAUUCAAGAUCUGGAGCAAAUUUAGGGAUCAAGAACUGGUUUUUUCUGAUCUGGGUCUGCUUUGUUUCUAGUAUUUGAACAUAAGAAUGUUUCAACUGUAACUAUCUGUGAGAUUCCUAUAUCUAUCUUGGUGGAAAUUGGGUUAAAAUUCAGGAUUUUGAGAUGGAGCCAAAUAUAGAGGAAGCACUACAAGCUAAAGCGAAUGCUGAAAGAAAAUUUGCAGAGAGAGACUUUGUGGGUGCAAAGAAUUAUGCUUUAAAAGCUCAGAUGUUGUGUCCUCAGUUAGAAGGCAUAUCACAAAUGGUAGCAACAUUUGGUGUUCACAGUGCUGCAGAGAUGAAGGUUAAUGGAGAAUUUGAUUUCUACACGAUACUGGGUAUGGAUCCAUCCUCAAACCGGGCUAAGCUGAAGAAACAAUAUAAAAGGAUGGCUGUGUUACUCCAUCCUGAUAAGAACAAAAGUAUAGGAGCUGAUGGUGCAUUUAGGCUUGUCUCUGAAGCAUGGACUGUAUUGUCUGAUCGUGCUAAAAGAAGCUCUUAUGAUCAGAGGAGAAGUUUAUUUACUCUGCAUACUUCUGGUGUUGGCAACUAUGGUAAUUACUCCAACUCUUCAGCUUCUCAAAGCAGGCUCGAUACAUUUUGGACUGUUUGUACCUCUUGUCAGGUUCAGUAUGAAUAUCUUAGGAAAUAUGUGAACAAAAGACUGUCUUGUAAGAACUGUCGUGGGGUUUUCAUAGCUGUUGAAACUGGAUUGGCCCCAGUAAAUGGUUCCUAUGCUUUUAGCCCUUGGCCUUAUGCGCCUGAGAACGGAUACAAAAGCCAUGGUUGUGGGGUUACGUAUGUCCCAACAUCGCCUCCUUAUUCUGCAAAUAAUGGGGUACCAGCACAUCAUUCUAAGCGCAGUUCGGAGCAUGUUUCCAAUUUAUCCUUUCAGUGGAGUUCCUUCCCUGGAACUUCUGCUGGAGUUCUGGAUCCGAAUGGGUCAGCCACCGGCUUCAGUUUUACCCAACAGGCAAAUACGAUAGCCUCUGGAAGAAAAGCCAAUGGGAAGCAAGAACUCAUAAAGAUGGCUGGUGUGGUUGCCAAUGGAUCGGUGAGUAGCGAUCAACUGCCCCGCAGACCUGGUAGGCCUCCUAAGAAGAGGAAAAUUGAUGUGGACAGUACAAGUAGUUAUGUGAAUGGUGAAGUGGCUUCAAGAGCUUCUGCAGAAGUCAUAAUGGCAGAUGGAAACGGAAAUGAGAAUUUGAAAAGAAAUGUUAAGAUUCCUGCGCCUGACGUUUCAAUCAGAAGAUGGUCCGCAGCUCCUGCAUUUGAUGCAAGACAGUUAUUAAUCGACAAGGCAAGAACAGAUAUCCGCAAGAAACUGGAAGAGAUCAGGUUGACUUCCGAAGCUGCUGCUGCAGAGGCCGAGAAAGAGAGAAAGGUGCAUGCACAAUUUGGUGAAUCCAGUGAAAGAUCUAAAAGAGCAGGUUUGGGUGUUGCUGCUCAUGUAUCAGAUAUGACGAAAAGUGGGUCCAUGAUUAUGACAGUCCCAGACUCUGACUUCCAUGAUUUUGACCAGGAUAGAUCAGAGGAUUCCUUCAAGCCGAAGCAGAUAUGGGCUUUAUAUGACGAGGAAGAUGGUAUGCCUCGCUUGUAUUGUCUG